AUGCUGACUGCCUUCUGCUGUCCCUGCAUGGUCUGCUAUGAAUAUAAGCUGCAAGAUGAGGGUUGUGCAGCUCCGCUGUGUGUACUGCACCCAGUCCUCGUGCUGGCUUCGCAUUAUCGCGGCAAACAAAAUAUCGAGGUAUGCUUACUCCCUGUUUCUUUGGCCUAUUCUUUUUGGAUGCAAUCUGAUGUCAUUUAAAUCGGUUUUCAGCAAAAACUCACCCUGAUUUAUAUGACUGUGGCAUAGGGAAUAAUUCUGUGAUUCAGACUAACACUCAACUUGUGUGUAAUUGUAACCUCGAAAUGGGCUACAUCCUGAACGAUUUCGCAAGUCUCUCUUAAAUCACAUGCGUCAAUUUUUGUGUGAUUGUCCUGCAUGCCUACCCAGUUUAUAUAGGUGCUUCUUCAGCCGUCUGUUCUACUCCCCGUCAUUGAUAUUUUGGUGAUGUUUAUUGUUUUCAUGAAAUAAUAGUGUCUGUUUUGAUUUCUCUGCACGACACACGCACACUCACACAGGGAAGUCUCAUAAAGGACUGCUGUGUCAGCACCUUCUGCAUGCCCUGCAAGCUCUGUCAAAUACACCGGGACUACGAGGCCAACUAG